AUGCCUCACAAACACAAGAGACGAGGGAACAGAGAUGACGAUUACGAUCUCCCCCCAACCUCGAUCGCAAAAUCCCUCCCUACUAGACUUGAAAAAGCCGAUGUAAAAUCCAAAGGUGGACAAGACACAAAGAAAGGGCCCAAGCAGAAGCGGUCUACUACCAAAUCGCUACAAGAUGACACCCCCAAGGCCUUCGCUCGGCUCAUGCGAGUCUAUCAGGAAUCAAACGGCAAGCGGAAACAAGGAGACCGAGACGCGGAAUUAGACUCGGGUGAACAGAACAGUCGCAAAAGGAAACGCCAAAAUGACACAAAUCAGCAGAACGCGCAAAACAAGAAUAGCAAGUCGAAGGCUGCAGCGGACGCAAAGGACGCUAAUAUUCCCAAGAUUCUACCAGGCGAAAGGAUAUCUGAGUUUGCUGCCCGAGUCGAUCGUGCGCUUCCAUUUUCUGAAUUAGCCAAACGAGCAUCGCUAUCAAAGGGAGGCAAGGACGCUGUGUUGGGCAAAAUAAGGGAUACUCGACAAACAAAGCAUGAGAAGAGAUUGUUACGGCUACAAAGCCAAUGGCGCGAAGAAGAUCGAAAGUUCCGAGAGAAACGUCAGGCUGAAAUUGAGGAAGCUGAAGGAGAGGAGGAGGAGAUUAAUGACUUAUGGAAGGAAUGGGAGCGUGAAGCCGGAGCUGGCGUUAAGGGAAAAAGCAAGAAAACCAGCUUAGCACAGAAAAAGAAGAAGAAAAAGAAGAAGGGAAUUGAUGAUGGCGUUGGUGACGACCACGCCAUAAGUAGCGAUGACGACGACGAUCCAUGGGCAAAAUUGAAUAAGAGAGCAAAUGUUACGAAGCCAAUCAAUCCGGCGGACGUUGUUCAAGCUCCUCCAGAGAAGCUAGCAAAACCCAGAGAAAUAUUUAAAGUGCGCGGAAUGGGAGGUGCAAAGGUCCAUGUUGCUGAUGUCCCUGCUGCUGCUGGUAGUUUGAGACGAAGAGAAGAGCUAGCCAGCGAGAGACAAAGCAUCGUGGAGCAGUAUAGAAAGCUUAUGGCUAGCAAGAGAGAGUAA